AUGCAAAUUCUUCGCUUUUGGGCUGUUUUGGCCGUGCUGUUGUUCUCAGUUGUCGUUAUUGCGGCUGAGGAUUACUAUAAAAUCCUAGGCAUUGACAAAUCGGCUUCAGAGAGGGAUAUCAAGCGGGCGUACCGGACUCUUAGCAAGAAAUAUCACCCAGACAAGAACCCUGGAGAUGAUACAGCGCGAGAGAAGUUCGUCGAACUCGCAGACGCAUAUGACGUCCUAUCCACAUCUUCUUUACGCAAAAUCUACGACCAACACGGCCACAACGGUGUUGAGCAGCACCGUAAAGGCGGCGGCCGACCUAACGACCCCUUCGAUCUAUUCUCCCGAUUCUUCGGCGGCGGCGGCCACUCUGGUCAUGCUGGUUCUCGACGCGGUCCGGACAUGGAAGUGAAAGCAGCUAUUCCACUACGAGACUUCUACAACGGGCGCGAGAUCAACUUCUUAGUUGAAAAGCAGCAGAUUUGCGAUUCUUGCGAGGGAACCGGGUCUAAGGAUCGUCAAGUGGAGACUUGUGACCAGUGCAAUGGACAUGGUCGCGUUAUUCAGAAACACAUGCUUGCUCCGGGCAUGUUUCAGCAGGUACAGAUGCCUUGUGAUAAGUGUGGUGGUCAGGGCAAGAAGAUCAAGAAUCCGUGUCCCGUAUGUCAUGGUCAGCGCGUUGUUAAGAAGUCUGUCGAGACUUCUGCUAGUAUUGAGCCUGGCAUGGAUCGGGGCACGCGGUUGGUGUUUGAGAACGAGGCCGAUGAGAGCCCUGAUUAUGUUGCUGGUGAUCUUAUUGUCAUUUUGGAAGAGAAGGAGCCUGAGCUUGGCGAGGAUGACGAUGAACGUACUGAUGGUACAUUCUUCCGGAGAAAGGGCAAGGAUCUUUUCUGGAAGGAGACUUUGUCGCUUCGUGAGGCCUGGAUGGGCGGUUGGUCGCGCAACUUGACACAUCUCGAUGGACAUAUUGUGCGACUGGGUCGCAAGCGCGGCGAGGUUGUUCAGCCUUUUGCUGUGGAAUCUGUAAAGGGUGAGGGUAUGCCUCAUUACUCUGAAGGUCAUCUACAUGACCACCACGAUGACGGUGAGGCUGAGCCUGGCAAUAUUUAUGUGGAGUAUCAUGUUGUUUUGCCAGACCAGAUGGAAAGCGGUAUGGAGAAGGAAUUCUUUGCGCUAUGGGAGAAGUGGCAUAAGCAGACCGGUGUCGAUCUGGCUGCUGAUAGCGGUCGACCGAUCCCUCCUCUUGAUGACAUGAAUGAUGAAUUGUGA